UGACUGGUUGCCUGCGAAGGCGCAGCGCUUGCUUGCUUGAUGCUUGUUUGGUGCGUUGGUUGGUUGGUUGGUUGUUUGAUGGACUCAUUGACUGGGGGCUUCGUCGGUGCUUGGAAAAGUUGAUUCAGUUUCAAUUGAGUAUCCGUCGUGUAACAACGUCGCAACGGUGGCAUAGCGCGUCAAAGUGCAACAAACCGGAAUUCUAUUAAAGGGCUGUCAGUGGUUUGUGCACGAGCACAAAAAACAAAAAAAUACAACAAAAACAUCACAUUAAGUGUUUAUAACUAAAAAAACUAAACAAAUAUGUUUAUUUGUUAAAUAAAAAAACAGAAAAAACUAUUGUGUUGCUGCAACAAAAAUGAAAUAAAAAUGUUGCAGUGUUGCCAGUGAACGCAAAAGAGAGAUAUAUACAUUUCAUACAUUUCUCAACGCUUUCGUGCCAAUAUGUUUUAUUAAAAACUUUUUUUUAAAGUGCUGUGUAUUAACUAAAUAAUUGCUGUGCAUAUUUCCUUUGCCUUACAAUUUGACUUUGCUUCAGCGUCGCUUGCAACAUCAUGAGUUUACCCACCGGCGUGGAUAUGCAGAAUCUAAUGUCGCAGCAUCCAGUUUUAGGCGCUUUGCCGCCCGCCUUCUUUCUGCGCGCCGCCUCUGAGCGCUACCAGCGGACACCAAAAUGUGCGCGCUGUCGCAAUCAUGGCGUGGUGAGCGCCCUCAAAGGACACAAGCGUUAUUGCCGUUGGCGUGAUUGUGUUUGUGCGAAAUGCACUUUGAUUGCGGAGCGACAACGCGUUAUGGCCGCACAGGUUGCGUUGCGUCGCCAGCAGGCGCAAGAGGAGAACGAGGCGCGCGAAUUGGGCCUACUCUACACCAACGUGCCGCCUGGCCAGUCGAAUGGCGUGGAUGGCGGUGGCGGUGGCGGAGGCGGCGGUGUGGUCACACCAAAUCAACACAGUCCCGCGCCACCGAUGACCAAUGCGGCCGCUUUUCAUCCCGGCAUACCGUCACCGCCCAGCGACGGUCUGGACACCAGCAGCGGUCAGCGCAUACAGUAUAACGGCAAUGAAUCAGACACGGAUGUGCGUAUGCGUUCGUCGGAGCGGCUGUCGAUGGGUUAUUCGCCGGAUCGCAGCACCGAAGUGGAGAGUCCAGGUUCGAAACGCGCACGCCUCUCCAACGAGACCGAUCAAGACACCGGUUCUGAGUCAUCGCCCAGCAGUCCGCGCAUAAAGUCCCGCAACUAUCAUGACAGUGGCAAUCUUUCGCCCACGCGCACCGGACCGCCCAGCUCGCCGGAAUCCGAUCUCGAUGUAGACUCGGCGCCCGACGAGGCGACGCCCGAGAAUCUCAGCCUGAAAAAAGAGGACUCCACUUCGCCACCCAACACGCCCACUGAUAAUUUGCAUUUGCUGCGCACAUUCAAUAAUGGCGCCGCACAAGGUUUCAUGCCCUAUCAUCACACGCAGUUCCUUGCCGCCGCCAUGCCUGCUGCUGCCGCCGCUGCCGCUGCCGGCGUCGGUGUACAUCCACAUAAUCAGCAUUCACCGCACGCACAACAUCAUCAGCAUCAACAUCAUGCAGCGCAUCAGCAGCAACAACACCAACAACAGCAGCAGCAACAGCAGCAUGCGCUGCCACUCGCAAUGAUGCAGCAACAAAUACAAGCUGCACAACCACAGCAGCGUUCACCCGUCGAUGUGCUGUUACGCGUCUUUCCCAAUCGUCGUCGCAGCGAUGUCGAACAGUUGUUGGCGCGCUAUCGCGGUGACGUGCUCCAAGCUAUGGAGGCUAUGCUCUCCGGCGAAGACAUGACGCAGGCGCUUGCCUCGGCCGCAGUAGCGGCUGCCGCUGCAUCGGUCGCGGCAUCACCACCGAACGUGCCGCCGUCACCGCCAUUCCCGCUCAAGUCGGCCUUCUCACCGCUGGUGCCACCCGCUGCCGUGUUCGGCUCGCCAACCCAUCGCUACCCGCCCUUCAUGCAGGCGCAUGCGAAACGCUUCCUCGCCGGCCCGUAUGCGGGCGCCGCGUACUUGCCCGGUGUGCUGCCGCCCGAUGUGAUCGAUCAAGCGGAGUCGAAUGGCGGCGCGUCGAUGGAUCGCAACAGCAAUGCUGGCGACUCGCAAGAUUGAAAAAGCUGCUGCAAGCAGUGCCCAUUGGGUGUGAGUAAUAUGUUCAGGCCGUAUGUGUAGCGUGUAGUGCGAGAGGCGCCUGUGGCCUGCUCUCACACUGCUGCACAUCGCUUCGCUGAGGUGAUUUCAUUCCGUGUAUAUAUGUUGUCGUUGUAAAUCAUGGUAAAUUCAAAUUACGUAAAUCAUAACUAGGGAAUAACCGUUAUAUAUAGUGCAUGCAUACAAAUUUACACUUGUAUAUAUGUAUGUGUGUGCAUAUCCAUUUUAACCAGUGUUAACCAAAAGUGUAAGCAUUUUAUUCACGAAGUCGUAACAUAUACAUACAUGUGUAUAUAUUAUGGCAAAAUAUAUAAUUUAGUUUAGCAUAACCCUAUAUACAUAUUAUGUGUAUAUAUGUAUGUAUAUACAGUUACACAUAUAUUCUUUUAAUAUUUAAGUUCUACCUUUUAAGCAACGUUCUUUGUAUCCUAGAUAAACUUGAAGCACUAGUUAAACCAAUAACAAAAUAUUGAUUUACAUAAUAAAUAUAAUUGUGCGUCGUUAAAAAGUCUUUGCGCAUAUACAAUAUGUAUGUAUGUACGGGCAUAUAUGUAUACAUACGAAAUGUAUAGCGUAAAACUAUCGAUAAAAUUUAAAUGAAGUGAACGAGAUAUAAAAUUAAUUGUAGCUUUUAGUUAUAAGCAAAAUUAUUAUCUACCAUAAACUAUAUACAAAUACUGUGUUAAAACGUAAAAGAUAAUAAAAA